CCGACGACGAGUCUUCUCCCUCUAGUCGCAGUAUACCUGCCGGAAAGGAAUCUGCGGUAUCAAAGAAGCUUCUCGCGUCAUCAAAGUCAUCUCGUACACGGCAACCGAUAGCAGUUUCAUCUUCCUCGAAGGCACGAACGAGUAUUCCCACGAGAAGUGAUACCCCUUCCGCUAUCACACCACAGAAGCAGCCAGCGCCCAGGGGUGUUUCCGCUCGCGCACCUUCCACAUCGCAGAAUCGGCCAAAGCGAUCAGAUGUCAACAGGUCUCGAUCACCACCACCAGAACGACGAAGGGGGUUGCGAAGCGCUGCAACAGAGCCAAAGAAGCUCUUUCUCACUCACGAUGGCGACGCACUUCGAUUUUACAUCCCGAUGGACGUCAGCCACCACAUGGAGAUUCUCGAGAGCAUUCGAACUCAUGGUGGAAGGGGUACUCCAAUUGGCUAUAGCGACUACGUUGUCAUGGAUUCGCCAGCCAGUGGGAAGCUUCUUCCACAAGUUCAACAACUGGGAAUUCGCGGGGUCAAGCCAAGCUGGAUUCAGGCCUGUAUCGAAGGGAAUGAACUGUUACCGUCUGAGGAUUGGGAAAUCAAUGAAGAAGCAGAUCUCCUUCCCGAAACGCCCCAAGCUCAAUCUGAACGUGCCUCAACCGGCAACGAUACCACCGAUCAAAAAGCACAAAAGGAGAAACGAAGAUCCAACACGCCUGUCCGGCUGAGAAACCUCGAAAGCUUCUCCAAUCUUUCCCCUGAAGAAAAGGCUGCUCUCCCAGCCGCGCCAGCAGUACUCGUUCCUCACGCGGGUGGCUACCGAUUUACUCACGAGGAUAGCCAGUUUCUAAUCGAUUAUGCGAAUGUCCGUUUCGGCCAGAACUCACGACUUUCGAUUUCUUCAAUUUUGAGGGAAGUAGCAAACCACACAAGAACUUCACACAGUUACGAGUCGUGGCGCCGAUAUUACAAGGAUCAAACAGAGGUGUGGAAAAUCUACGUCCGGUUUCCUUCAGCAGCAAGCGCCUCUUUGGACGCGGAAGAUGAUAGAACGAACGUCAUAGAAUCUUCUCUGGUUGAUGAAGACUCGGGACAAACUCCUGUCUGGCCCACACCUUCCCUUGCUAAUUCCAAGUCGUUCCGACGAUUAGUACCAGACGCGGACCGACCUCUCCCUAGCGAACGACCUUCUACUCCUUCAACUGAUGUUGACAUGGAAGCAGGUAGUGGCCAAAGAUACACUAGAGAAGAAAUCGAAUACUUCUUUGACUUUGUAGCAUGGUCCUACAUGCAGGAUCCACAUAUUGCAAGGACCACUAUUAUUCGUAACCUUGCCGAAAAAAUGCCACGACACUCGACGGGAUCGUGGAGCUCUGUGUGGUUUACGCAAAAGCAUGCGCUGGAGAACAUUGUUACAAAAGCAAUCAGACAUGUAGAACAGAAUGGCCGACAGAGAGAAACCUCGGAUAACGACGACCUCAGAUCCCCGUCCGUUGGCAAGAUGGAUUUGGACUUGUCCAUGCGAAAGACUCCUCCACCAGAGCCACCUUCGAACCACAAGUUUAACUCGAACGGGUUCCGCGAAUACCCUCCGGAAGAUUACCGGUACCUGAUGGAUCUUGUGAGCUGGAUAGCGCGGAAACAUGCGAAGGUGACGCACUCGCAAAUCGUCCGAAUCCUAUUGCAGCAGGCACCGUAUCAUACUGAGCGCGGGUGGGAUAAUUACGUACGUAAGCACAAGGCUGAAGUCUUGAAAGCCAUUGCAGAAGCCUCUUCGAGGGCAAACGGCAAUUAUAGCGCUUCCAUAGACCAGAACAACGAGCCGCUUUUGCCUCAAGAGCGCUCGUAUGACAGUGAGGCAGACUUUGAACAAGGUGACUGGCGAAGCACACAUAUCGGCGAGCGUACGUUCGAAGCAGUCCUAGCUCAUCUAGAAACGUUAGAAGACCCUUGGAAUUCCAGCGAAGAAGCAUGGGAAGGGUUCGCAAGUGUGCAUCCUGACUACACCGCUCAAGAAUGGCGCGCAUUCCUAGAGGAAAGCAAGCCGGUGCUCAUGUCGGCUAUGUCUGAGCGGAAAGCGCUCAGGGACGCGUAUUUCAUCGAAACUGAACUGAAUUAUGAUACCGAGGAGAACGACGAUGCAGAACAGUCUGAUUGACUUCGUAUUUCCUGAUUUGUAGUCUGUUUUUGUACGAAUCUAUCUUUG